AAGUUCAUGUUUGAGAGGUGGGCAGGGCCGAUGGAGUGAUACUGAGAUGACAAAGGUUGCACAAUCAGCAUGCAGAAGGAGUGGAAAUGGACAGGUACAGUAGCAAAGAACUGUAUUGUUUGUAACAGUGACCAGCAAUAUAAGAAUUCAUUACGGCAUAGACCCAACCAGAGGAGCUUCCACAGGGAUCCAGCAGCAGGAUCAGCUGAGACACAGACCCGUGGAUCUGCACACAAAUGAAGAAGACAAUAAUGUUAUAGGGAGGAAGAGGGGACGCAGGACGUGAGAGCGGGAGUUCCGUCACUCUGACAUCGUAUUCUGGAGGAGAUGGAGAGAGAAAUGUGCAAUAAACUCACCCAGAUCAGGGAGAUCCUGGAAAGUACCAAUGAACCUGGGAAGGGGACAGAUUCGGGUCACACCAUUGGGAUAGUCUCUGCACUGGAAGAGAAGAACGUCAAGUGGCUCCGUACGGCGCUGAGCGCAAAGUAUUUCUCUGGUCUAGUGAAGAAGGUCACGUUUCUCAGCGUCUCUGAUAUGAAAGGAAGUAAAUUAGAAAAGAGCAUCAGUAAAUUCACCCUCUGCAUCUACGUGACCAAUGACCGUAAAUGGAAAUCUGGCAUUUCAGCUUCCGAGACAGAACUGCUACCUAUAUUAGGAAGUAAGAACCUGAUUUUUGUGAUUGAUGAUCAUGAUGACAGCAGUGAUGAGGCGAAGACGCAGAUCCUGAUGAGCCAGCCCAUCAUUGAGAGAUACGCCAGAGGUCUCUUCCUCUUCAGCAAAUUGGAAAAACAGUCUGACUAUCAGAAGUUGCUCAGUAGUGACCGGGGUUCCUUCGCUGACAGUUCCCGACAGGGGUCAACGAGAAAAAAACUGAAAAUUGGACUUUUCUCCAGAUCAGAAGAAAGAGAUUACUCCUGGCUGGUGAAGCUGCUCACUUCUGAGGACUUCAAGGACCACUGCUUAGAUGUCAGAACCUUUCAUAUCUCCAAAAACAGAUUCCAGCAGUUCACUAAGGAAGUCUCCAUAUGCACCUAUGGAAUCCUGUAUCACACCAAGAACAGAGGCCGGGUCAACGUCACUGAUGUCACCGACUCUCUCUAUGAUGAUGAACUAAAGUAUCUGUGGACGGUUCUUGGGAAGGACAAUGUGAUUGUGGUGAUUGAUGAUCUGAUAGACAGCAGUGACCAGGAGAAGACCCGGAUCCUACAGGCUCAGCCUAGUAUUGCAGCCUGGGCCGAUGAACUCAUCCUCAUCACACACAAAGAAAAGACUGAGGAGAUGGGGCAGCAGGCGAAGAUGAAGUUUCUGAGGAUAUUCCUGAGGCUAGAAUUAAGAAUUGAAAUUCAUCGAUUACCGUUAAGCACCGGCAUUAGAAAACAAAGUGCACCUUCCCUCCACCCUCCUAUGGAGAGGACGCCAUCACAAAGCCAAGACGUUACUCCCAUGCAGUCAAGCUCAGGCAUAUUGAUGGCCAAAGCGAUGCCAUCACGAUCUACCAUCGGCAUCUUCUCCAGAUCGGAGGAGAGCGACUACUCCUGGCUGCGCAGGCUGCUCACGGCCGGGGACUCUGGAAGCAGAGAGGUCAGGUGCUGUAAGAUUUCCGGCUAUGAUGAUGAUACAUUCAGAGAGGCGGCCUUUCAGUGUAAAUUCGGGAUCCUGUAUCACACCAUAAAGAGCGGGAAGAUACGCAUCACAGACGUAGAGAAAUCUCUCUAUCAUGAGGAGCUGGAAAAGCUGUCAGCGAAACUUGGAAAGCGGAAGCUGAUUGUGGUGAUCGAUGACCUGGAUGACAGCAGCGAUGACCUCAAAUCCACAAUCCUGAAGAAGCAGCCCAGCAUUGGAAGACUGGCCGGGGACAUCUUCCUAUUUACUGCAAAGGAAAAAAAAUAUCUUGAUGGACAAGAAAAACAGGCCAAAAAAACGCCUAAAAAGUCGACAAGCGACAAAAUACAGAGAAUUAGGGAAAUACUGAACUUAGUAAAAACUGACAUUUCCCUAUGAGACGAUUCCUUACAUUAACUCCAAUCCAUAGUCCCAUACAUUCCAAGCACAGUGUGUGGGGAACGUCCGAGCCAUGAUACAACCAAUGUGCCCACACCACUUCCACCAGUAUCUUUGCACAGUGUAUUACGAAAUGUGAAUACAGAAUAAUACUAUAGAAUUAAGUGUAUAGUGAUAUUGUACAAUAUUCUAAAUGUUCUAUAAAACAGAGGCCACAAUGACAAUAUAUUUGGGACUUUUGAUCUCAUUGACGGCCAUUGUAUCACCCUCAUUGUGUUCACAAUGAUUAGAGAUGGAUAAAAAAGUCAGGCGUAA